AUUCUCCAUCUCAUCAACAUGCACCACUUUCACCAAUUCUCUCUUCUCUCUCUCUUUAUCUCUGACUCUUAUCUCUUCUGUUCCCAAGCCCAUACUUGUAAAAGAACCUGCUCCCAAAGUUGGCUCUGCUCAGAACAGAACACUUAACAGUAAUAGCACUAAUGAAUCCACUCACAGUUUCAGAUUCUUCACAUUUUCCAACGCUUCUCAAACACCAUCUAACUUGGCUUCUCUUCUACUUCUCAUCUUCUCCAUCACCCUUUUAAACUCAACUUCUCAAACCCACAACACACAUUAUCUCUUAGGUCUCCAGCAUAAGUCUCUUUUGGUGUAGUAGAGGUAACAUAGAAUGGAAGAAGAUCAUCAGCAUCAUUUAGAAGAGGAGGAGGAAGAAGAAGAUCAGAUCAUGCCAACAAAAGAAGCCAACAAGACAGACGAAGACACAUCUUCAUCUAGACUAUUCCCAUGUCUCUUCUGUUCUAGAAAGUUCCAUAGUUCUCAAGCCCUAGGAGGCCACCAGAAUGCUCACAAGAAAGAGAGAACCGAUGCUAGAAGAGCAAAAAGGGCUUACGAUUUUGUCAACAACAAUGACUUGCUUCACACGUUACCUGUCUUUUUAUCCUCCCCAUCUCCACACGGACCACACCACUUGACCAUCUUAAGCUAUCCUUCCUCUGCGUCCAUUGGAUGCUUUCAAGCUUCUCAUACAGACCUUCCAAUCUUCAGAUCCAACGGUGCACAUGUCGUGUUGGCGUCAUCCCAUCAAGGUAGAGAUAACAAAGGAGGGUAUCUUGGUCAAAAACGUGUUCAAAUUUUGGAUCAUAACUGUAACGUGGUGAAUAGUGAGGAUGGUCAAAGCCAGUGUUUUGAUCUCUCCCUCCAUUUGUAAUCUUAGGAUUUAUUGUUACAUUAGUGGGAAAAGAUGUUUCCACACGUGACAGUACUUCUACGUAUAUGUUUCUUUCAUGCAUGAGAAUCGUCCUAUCGUGAACAGAAUCCGAAGAUUUAUUGUAUCCCGAUGCAUAUGUUAUAAUGGUUAUA